GAGUAGGCGGAGGCAACAGACAUACACAAACACGUAGUAGGCGGAGGCAAGAUGCCACACACGCGCGCGCGCACACGCAUUGGAGGGAACCCCAUCAGCUGUGGACAGCUACAACUUUUGUUUUUCUAAACCGUUUCUUCACGUUGCCGCGCAUCUGCGUGCGUCCGACGGCUCAAAUAUACUUCAGCAACUGUGCGAUUCACGGACCUUCGUGCGCGUGUGUUGGUAGGAUAGAAGUGGGAGGGAGAGUGAAAACACGCGUUUUAGGGGGUGUCUUUGAAAGCAUGGAAUAUUUCAUGAUGCCGACAGAGAAGAUUCCAAACCUCCAGCAGUUCAAGAAGACGGAGAAGGAUGUGAUCGGGGGGCUGUGCAGUCUGGCCAACAUCCCAUUCAGUCCAGAGACGGCCCAAGACCAGGAGAGGCGAAUCCGACGUGAAAUUGCCAACAGCAAUGAGCGGAGACGCAUGCAGAGUAUUAAUGCAGGGUUCCAGUCCCUCAAAUCUCUCCUGCCUCACACAGACGGGGAGAAACUCAGCAAGGCAGCCAUCUUGCAACAGACAGCAGACUACAUUUUCACCUUGGAACAGGAAAAGACACAGCUCCUGUCACAGAACAACCAGCUCAAACGCUUUAUACAGGAGUUCAGUGGUUCCUCACCCAAGAGGCGGCGAGCAGAGGAGAAGGAUGAAGGCAUUGGGUCCCCAGAUACUCUAGAUGAGGAGAAAGUAGAGGAGCUGAGAAGGGAAAUGCUCGAGUUGCGCCAACAGCUAGACAGAGAACGCUCUGCUCGUAUGCAACUAGAGGAGCAGGUGCGCUCACUCGACACACAGGGGCACCCAGAUCAUCUUAAGGUAAUCACCCAGCAGGUGGAGGAGGAGCACGCGCAAUUCCAGAGCCAGACACUGUUACGGUUGCAGCAAAUCCAAACUGCAGACAGACCACCUCACAGUCCAAAGGUGCUGGCCCCUCCCACUCCUAUCGCAUCAACCCACCACCCAACAGUCAUCGUGCCAGCGCCGGCACUAACCCAGCAACCCCAUCACCACGUCACCGUAGUAACCAUGAGCUCGUCUGUCCACAAUAGCACCGUGUCUACAUCGAGACAAAACCUGGACACUAUUGUGCAGGCGAUCCAUCACAUCGAGCGCACUCAGGAACGGAGAGCGAGCGCAGAAGAGGAGCAGAGACGAGCCGUCAUAGUCAGCCCCGCCCACGUCGCCAUGGACACGGCCUGCUCGGACACAGACACGGAUACAGAGGGAGAGGACUGUUCCAUGAACUGAUCGUGCCACGAACUCAGAAACACUUAACCCGAUCUCACUGUAAGAUUCCAUCCAGGAGCUUGACUACCUACUUAAAAAAAAUCAUCCCUCCGAGCUCAAACUUCCUUUAUCGAGGCGCCUUUUUUGUUGCUCACUUAUUGUAAAUGGUUCGACUGAAAACUAAGAGCGUGUCGGAGGCCGAGAAGUGCUUCUUGAGGCUGCUCAUCAGUCCGUCCUCCCCAAUGUUUUUCAUUGCCAGGCGAAUUAUAUUUUUGCUGCAAAUUGACAUUUUCACUAUAUUAGAGAAAUGAAUGUAAAGCAAGAAGCAGCAUCUUGUGACUUUUGGAUUAAGAAAAGAGGACUCCAGUAGCAAUCGUUUCUUCCCCAAGCGUUGUGGUUUUCGGGUCACGCUGACUUAAUUCCAGGAUGGCUACUUAAUGAAAAGAUGUCAGAUUUUACUUGAAUAUACUUAUCAGCUUAAGCCCUUAAAAAGAUAUUGAAGAAUAUAAGCUAUUGAACAGUUGACAGUUGGUUCAGUGUUUUUGGGAAUGUACAUUAUCUGGGUUACUGAACUGUGUUCUGUUAUAAGAUGAAUUUUAAAAAUGGGAUGUUUAUGAGAUUUAAUAAGGAACAGGUUGCAUUGAGACCCAAGAUUUGAGGCACCGGAAGUGUUCUGGUAAAAACUAGUGGGCUUUCUCAAUCUCAGACAACUUUCAGUCUUUUUUUUCCCCAUGAAGAAAAUGUGAUGUAAUCUUAAAACACGUUAGUCUGCAUGACUAUUUCAUGUUUUCCACCAAAGACCUUCAGUCGCAACUUCUGAUCUUAGUUUGUUGUUUCCAGUGACUAUGCACUUGUUUGCUAUUUAUGCAACUGCAUCUGUAGUCCAUUUAUACACAAGGUAAAGAUUACUAUGCACCGAUAAUAGGUGUGUACGUCACGCCUACAGUAUAAUUGUGCUGUGAUUGUAUUAAGGAGUAUCAUUGCUGUUCUUACCAGGUGCUGUUUGCCAAAAUGGUGCCCUGCUGACUAGCGCUGAGCUGAACAUUUUUAAACAUGGCAAAAUAUAGUUUCACAGGAUGGAAUUAGUUUUGUUUGGUUGUGCUGGAAAAGAACUUAGAAAUAGCAUAAUUACAAAAAAAGACAGCAUGUUCGGUCAAAAUCUGAUUAGUUCAAAAUGAGCACUGGCCAAAUCUCAGAAUCGCCUCGUGCGGGCUGCUUUUUUUUUUUUUUUUAACUGGAACUCUGUGUUUCCAAACAAAAUUUGAAGCUGUAAACAUUCCAUGUUAGGAGUUGACUUUUCAUCUCGCUAGUUUUGUUGCAGACUGAAAGCAUGUUACUAAUAUAUCGCGUAACAGGCAUUUGUUUUUUGUUUUGACAAACAUGAACGUGAGGAGGGUUUGCUUUGUGAGGGUAUUGCUGCCCACAAUCUUAUGUCUGUGUUCCAUCUGGUUGGGCUAGUUUGUUCCAUUCAUUGUGGAGAGUA